AUGAGCUGUCAUCAUCACGGAAUGGCUACCAUAGGUAGCGAUAACUCUAUCGACUUGUCAAACAUUGCUGCAUUUCAUGAGCCAGAGUUUUUGUUCAUAAAUAAGCUUUUCCAGAAACACGGCUUUGAAGUUCGUGUUGCCGGUGGAGCUGUUCGAGAUAUCCUAAUGCAGCUGAAUCCAAAGGACAUUGAUUUAGCAACUACGGCUACGCCCUCCCAAAUGGUCGAGAUGUUCACAAAGGAACAACUGAGAAUGCUUAACCGUAACGGCGAAUCACACGGAACUGUUACCAUUCGGCUUAAUGACAAGGUUAACUAUGAAAUUACGACACUUCGAAUUGACCUAAACCCUGAUGGACGUCAUUCAGAUGUGACUUUCACAACAGAUUGGCAGUUAGAUGCAAGUCGGCGGGACUUAACCGUCAACUCUAUGUUCAUCGGUGUUGAGUUUGAUGACUUGGAGGCGGACAGCCACGGCGCUGCGCCGUCCGCAAGCAUACGCGGCAAACUGUACGAUUAUUUCAACGGAUUCGAAGACCUUUCCCAUCGUCGCAUCCGGUUCGUCGGCGACCCAAAGGCGCGAAUCCAGGAAGACUACCUUCGAAUACUACGUUACUUUCGGUUUCACGCUCGUCUUUCUAACAGCCCUGAUGACCACGACGAAGCUACACUGAAGGCCAUCACCGAGACUAGCAGUGGUUUAUGGGGAAUUGCCGGUGAAAGAAUAUGGAUCGAAUUGAAGCAAAUUUUCUGCUACCCAUCGGUGCCACUUCUGUUGCGUUACAUGGCCAAAACUGGCGUUACGCAAGCCUGUGGCCUACCAGCAAGCCCCAAUUACGCGGAACUUGAAAAGGUCUUUGAACGGGGUCUUUUAAGGCACGAUCCAAACCCAGUAACUUGCGUCGCCGCGGCUCUGCACUCCACAGACGAGGUUGACACGUUGUUCGACAGGAUCCGCCCGUCCAACCUGGAAUCCAACAUUGUCUACUUCCUGGUUGAAUGGCGAGAGCACUUAGCCUCGACGGAUGCCCUCGAGUUUCUCAAACGCGAGUACCUUCUCUCCAUGGAUCAGGCGCGUUUGAAGCCGGUGUUCGACGAGGCGAUGCGCUACUUUGGCGACGCGGCUGGCGAGGCCCUGGCGUCGUGGUUGGCCUGGCAAGCGCCCAGGUUCCCUGUCAACGGGACCCUCGUUUCGGAGCGUUGGGGUAUCAAGGGCCGGCUGCUUCGCUCGCUGCUCCAGGGUCUGCGCACCGCCUGGGUCGACUCGGGAUGCUCUCUCACCGCGGACGAACUGCUCUCCAGCGAAAUGCACCAAAAACUCGCCAGCGCCCAGCCCGAUGACCUGCAGAGGAGUCCGCUCAUUCCUCUGAAACGCCAAAGACGCUAA